AUGAGACGGGGUGAUCUGAGGUCUGCCCACAGCAUAAGGUCUCCCACUCCCACUGUUUUUUCUUCCCACCCAACCUGUACUGUGUUCUCUCUCUCUCAUCUUUCCCUCACUGCCCCAUACAUCCCACUGCUAAUCGACACUUCUUUGCACGGUUUAUUCUGUGCUGUGAUUCUCAUCUCGUUUGAAAGACGCGCUACUAAAACAUUCGCGUCUCCCCGUACAACUUCCAUCAUCACCAACACCAUUCUCAUCACCAAAUAA